GCUGCGCUAGCUGCUCUUAGCUAACCGCACUCUGCUGCUGCGUCGCGUGCUCAUGAGUCGUGUCCGGGCAAGAUGAGCGGCAAGACGAGCGCCGCCGUGGCCGGGGUGUGCGGAGCCCUUUUCCUCGCGUACUGUGUUUAUUUCGACCGAAAGCGGCGAAGUGACCCUCGAUUCAAGGAGAAGUUGCGUGAACGCAGACGGAAUCAGACGGUUUCUGGUGCGAGGUCUGGACUCGCCAAGCUGCCUGAUUUGAAGGACGCAGAGGCGGUUCAGAAAUUCUUCCUGGAGGAGAUCCAGCUCGGAGAGGAGCUCCUGUCACAAGGUGAAUUCGAGAAAGGCGUGGACCACCUGACCAAUGCUAUAGCAGUAUGUGGGCAGCCUCAGCAGCUGCUUCAGGUGCUGCAGCAGACGCUGCCGCCUCCGGUCUUCCAAAUGCUGCUCACCAAACUACCCAGCAUCAGCCAGCGAAUCAUCAGUGCUCAGUCUUUAACGGAAGAUGACGUCGAAUGAAAGUGUACAAAUUCUCUCACUGGUCCGUCGAGCGAUUUCAGACAGUGACAGCAGUUGUGAGCCUGAUUAUCACAUCACUGCAAGGUCGGAGAACUUCGUCAAGGUUACGUCUCUUGGAAAUGUAAAAAACACAUUCCAUCUUUCUUACCUUGCUCCCACUACAUCGCAUGAUUCAUAGCCUUCUGUUUAUUCUAUUUAUUUCCCUGAAGAAGGAUUGUGUGUUUUGGGGGGGUGGUUUCUGAUGUGUUGUGUACAAAGUAAGAAAAUAAAACACAAAGCUAUGUAGACGAUUGCUGCGCAGUUGAUAUACGUGAGAAAUGUGUGUAUGAGUGUUCAAACUAAAUGGAGCACCUGUUUGUGGAAAUUUUCUUGCAAUGUCGGUUAAAUGUUAUUUUUAUAUUCCGGUCUUUCAUAUCUGGACGUAUUAUUUUUUUUGUGUUUUUAAAAUCCUGCAAUAAAACAUGAAAACACA